AGGCCUAUUUGCUUUUGUAGUUGUUAGCUACCACUAUACAACUCUCACACUCAAAUAUAUAGGAACAUGGUUAAUGACUCCUUGACCAGGGGGCAGAUAAUCGGAGAUGUGUUAGAUCUUGUCACUAGCUCGGUGCCUCUUACUGUCAUGUAUGAUGGCAGACCUGUGUUUGAUGGGAUGGAGUUUCGGGCGUCGGCGGUGUUGGUGAAACCUAGAGUUGAGAUUGGUGGUGAUGAUUUUCGUGUGGCCUAUACACUAGUUAUGGUGGAUCCUGAUGCGCCUAAUCCCAGCAAUCCAACCCUGCGGGAGUACUUGCAUUGGAUGGUGACUGACAUCCCAGCAUCAACAAAUAAUAGCUUUGGCCGAGAGCUCAUAACAUAUGAGAGCCCAAGCCCCACCAUGGGCAUCCACCGCAUCGUCUUGGUGUUGUACCAACAAUUGGGGCGAGGCACGGUUUAUGCACCGCAAGUGCGUCAAAACUUCAACUUGCACAAUUUUGCACGAUGUUUUAACCUCGGCAAACCUGUGGCUGCAAUGUACUACAACUGUCAGCGGCAAGCGGGCACAGGUGGGAGAAGGUUCACCUGAUUACUUUGCCCCUCAGGUUCAAGUUGAAGGCCGACAAGCUUGAGCCUACCGGAUACAUAUGCGUGCUUACCUACACAUAGCGGCAUUUUCAUACAGUACCUAGCUGGAAAGCUUGAAAUAAGAUGUAUUUAUUGUUCAUGCAUGUAGGCUCUUAACUGUGCCUUCGUGAGGGUAUGAUGUAUGCCUUUUAACAAGCUCAUAACGAGUGCUGAAAAUACAGAUGUGACAUUUCUGUCACACCUUGGUAAUAAAGACACGUAUAUGACUCUUUG